UUGGCGAACAAUUUCUUUCCCUUCGUUGGGUGUUUGUCCUGGUUUUGACGGCUGAGGACGGCGGGAGAAGCGGUCGGUGAGUCGCGCACGCAUCUCACAGAUCCUACCCCCUCCCAUCUCCAUCGGCGACGACCGCAGCUUCCUCCCCCUCUUCUUCCUCUCUUCUCCUCCUCCGACCUCUCGAGAGAAAUUUCUACAGGGUUAUUUCUUCUUCUUUUUCUCGUAUUCGUCCCGGAUCGAUUCUUCUUGGGUCCCGGUUCGGCGGCCCUCCUACGAGAUCUGGCGCUAGCUAUCGUAUCUUGAGCUGAAAGCAUACACAGCAGAGAAUAAGUUUCUGCAUGAAAUUCAGUGGGCUUUAACCACCGGUUAAUAAGAUUCUUGCUGGCUUCCUGAAGCCCUAAGACUGCAUCAAUGACCUGCAAUGGUCAACUACGAACAAAGUAAGGAACUGGAUUUUAUACUUUACAAGGUCUCUUCAUCAUCAUUGAUCCAUGGGCGAGUGGGUUAUCGGAGCAUUUAUCAACAUAAUUGGAAGUAUUGCUAUAAAUUUUGGGACUAAUCUUCUAAAAUUGGGUCAUGAUCAGCGAGAGAGGCACUCUAUGCUUAGCCGUGAUGGAACCAAUAGCAAACUUAAUGUGAAAUCAAUCAUACAUUUCCAGACGUGGAGAAUUGGUCUUCUUUUAUUUGCUUUUGGGAACUGCCUUAACUUCGUUUCCUUUGCAUAUGCUGCACAGUCACUUCUCGCAGCUUUGGGGUCAAUUCAAUUUGUUUCUAAUAUUGCAUUUGCUUACUUUGUGCUAAGUAAGACUGUAUCGGUCAAAGUCAUGGUAGCGACAACAUUUAUUGUUUUUGGCAACAUCUUUCUGGUAUCUUUUGGAAAUCACCAGUCACCUGUGUACACACCAGAGGAACUGAUAGCAAAAUACACCAGCUUAGUUUUUCUACUCUAUUGCUUCACCUUAUUAUUGGUGGUCAUCAUCAAUCAAUAUAUUUACAGGAGAGGAGAAGCAUAUCUUGCAGUUUCUAAUCAUGACAGUCUCUAUUGGUGCACACUGCUCCCAUUCUCCUAUGCCACUGUUUCUGGUGCUGUGGGAUCCUUCUCAGUGUUGUUUGCAAAAUCCUUGUCCAACAUGCUAAGACUAACCAUGAGUAGCGUAUAUCAGUUCCACAGCUGGUUUACAUAUUGUAUGCUGUUGUUGUUCUUUAGCACAGCAGGAUUUUGGAUGGCAAGAUUGAACGAAGGACUGUCUCUUUUUGAUGCAAUCCUUAUCGUCCCCAUGUUUCAGAUUGCAUGGACCUUCUUCUCCAUAUGCACAGGAUUUAUAUAUUUCCAAGAAUAUCAAGUAUUCAACAUAUUAAGGAUAACAAUGUUUAUAGUGGGGAUGGCAUUUGUAUUUAUUGGCAUUUCUUUGUUAGCACCUGAUGAAUCUAAAGGAAGUGACACAAAGGAGCCUUCUUUUCCUACUGCAGCUCAAAGCCUUCCGACUAAUAUGAACAGACUUGCCAAGCUGCCAACGGAAGAACCUGAAAUAAAUGAUGUGGGUUCAUUUGCACAAGCAGCGCUUAGCAAGGCAAAGAUUAUCCUGUUGAAGGCAAAGGCUGCUGGUUCUCUCUCGCUGGGUCUUGGCGAGGAGUCAAUAAGUGCAUCUUCAGUACUCGUAAUGCCUAUGGUUUCUUCAAGGACAACAGGUUUCAGAGAAACAACUUUCGAUCGAACAAAAUUCAUUCCUCUGAGAAACAGUAGAUGGAGCAGCCCUUCAAUAGAUGAUAACAGCGAUGAUGAUGUGGAAAUUCAGGCAAGCAGAUCAUUGCUGUCUUAAUUUUGUCGGUACGGUCGGAAGGAUGGUUAUUCUUUUCAUUAUUUCCAUAUGGCACAAAUGUAUAGAUAUAUUAAUCUUCUCCCGUCAAAUGUCAAAUAUGUAACGUUUUGAGUUC